AUGAAGUCCAUUGCUGCUAUCUGUGUGCUCUUCGCCCUGCUGGGAAUUGCCUUUGGCCUCAAGGAUCCUGUCUGCGGACUGCCCCCAGCACUUGAUGGUAAUGGUGUUAUCGGUUGCAAGGCCCACAUACCCUCCUUCAGCUACCAUGCCGAUAGCAACUCCUGCCAGCGCUUCGUCUACGGAGGAUGGGGAGGCAACGCCAACCGAUUCGACAGCCAGGCGUCCUGCGAGCAGAAGUGCAAGGAAUAA